AUGCCCAACUGCAUCUCCCUCCUUGAGGUCAAGGAGUUGGUUGAGGAGCAUUUCAACCAGGUGCCUAUGGGUCAUCUCCUGAUCCCAAAACUGCCCCAGAUGCCCACUGUCAGUGACCCCUUGCUCCACCAAGUCCACUGCAUCAGGGAAAACAUGCAACGGCUGGAAGAAGGUUUGCAGAGCAUGCUGCUUACAAAGGUAGAGGAAGGCGAUCCUGCCGUGGAUGCAUUGACCUGGCUGGAAGGACUGGUGGAUGAGGUAAUGGAUGCCAUGUGA